UAUAUAUAAUUGUACCUUAGGAGUACCAUAGUAGUGGUAAAUACGCAUAUAGUACGUGUUUCCUUUCGUUUUUGAUAACUCCUAUAUUAUUGUGUCGCGAAUGUGAACAAAAUCUGGAAUUGUACGUCAAUUUAGGUCCAUUAAAAUAUAUAUAUUACAGUGUUUUACAAUGGCUGAACGAUUUGAUCUUUGCGAAUGCAUAUGGAGCCAUGAACUUGCCAUGCAACGCCUACUUUCUAUCUUACGACAGAGCCAAAGUUACUGCACGGAUAACGAAUGUUUCAGCGUAUCGCGACUACCAGAACCAUCAGCGGUACCAACGUCUUCGAAUUUCUACAUGACCUGCUUAAUUAUUGCUUUUAUGGUUCUCAUGUAUGUUCUUCGACCAAACUCCCUUCGUCAACUGAGGAAUAAUAACGUUAAAGAUCGGGAUAACGAGCGUGAUUCGAGCGAUGAUCCUCCUGCACCUCCACCCAUAACACAAUAAAAAGUGCAAUAUGAUGACCCAUGUUUUCACCUGGAUUUUUAUAGUAGAAUUUCUUGAUUUUAUAAAAGAAGAAAAGAGGGAGCGAAGAGGAAAUAAUAGUUCAAUUUAUUCUAUGUUAGUAUUAUAUUUAAGCUGGCCCUAAGGAAUAUAACUUCCUACGUAUAUAUGUAUAUAUAUAUAUGCACUUAAAAUUAUUAUAUUUAUCCAGGUUAAAAGAUAUUUUAAUUUGUUCUUCUCUCUUUCUCUCUCUCUUCUUUAUUAUUACUAAUGUUUAGCACAUACCAGGAGUAUGUGAAAAAGAAAAAUUCUGCAGAAGAUAUUUUUGUGGGGCACAAUACGCAAAUAAAAGGAAAAUCGAAUCUCUAAUAUUAAUAUUCACAAACGCA